UGUCAAACAAGGGGUUGUUCUUCUGGUCACAGCUCUCCUGCCAAAUCUAUAAGUUGCUCUCUCUCUUUGCCUAGGUUUGGAGCUCUCAUCAUCUUUUGCUGUCAAGCCAUGCAUUCCAUUGCCUCCUGAGAACCUCCUUGAUAAACAUCUCAUCUUUCUUUGUACAUAAACCCUCUCUGCAAGUGUGUUGUCUCCCUUGCUUCUUGCUGUUCAGCUGUUCUAUCUCUCAAAAACAGUUCAAAUUUUCGACUCGAUAUCGAGCUACCAGAGUUGAUAUAGGAGGAAGAUAGGAAGAUUUAUCAAUCUUCAGAGUUUACGGAAAGUGGAGGUUUAUCAGCAAAGUUCUUCAGAGAGCUGGGCCACCUGAAGAAGGGUGAUUACAUACUAGGAUUCAAUUUGGAGUAGUGUUUUUUUUUUGCAUAAAAGGAUGAGAGGUUUUGCUUGUGCUCAUCAUGCAGAGAAGAGGCACCGUCUUGACAGAACUCUCAACAGCCUGAGCAAGAGGGGAUACAUAGGAAGCUACCACUACGAGAAGGAUGCCAAGUACAGGCCAUUCAGUGCACUGCUCCCUGAGGGUUCAAACCCCAAGAUGCUCUAUGUCAAGCUCGUCCUCAUCAUCCUCAUGUGUGGCUCCUUCGUCAGCCUCCUCAACUCGCCAUCUAUCCAUCACAACGAUGAUCACCACACAGAGUCAUCAGCUGGAGUGCCGAGAGUGAGCUACGAGCCGGAUGAUACCAGGUACGUGUCGGACGUGACGGUGGACUGGCCAAAGAUCUCCAAGGCGAUGCAGCUGGUCGCCGGAGCGGAACACGGCGGCGGCGCGAGGGUGGCGCUGCUCAACUUCGACGACGGCGAGGUGCAGCAAUGGAGGACGGCGCUGCCACAGACGGCCGCCGCGGUGGCGCGCCUCGAGCGCGCCGGGAGCAACGUGACGUGGGAGCACCUGUACCCGGAGUGGAUCGACGAGGAGGAGUUGUACCACGCGCCGACGUGCCCCGACCUGCCGGAGCCGGCGGUGGACGCCGACGGCGACGGCGAGGAGGUGGCCGUGUUCGACGUCGUCGCGGUGAAGCUGCCGUGCCGGCGCGGGGGUGGCUGGUCCAAGGACGUGGCCCGGCUGCACCUGCAGCUCGCCGCGGCGCGCCUCGCCGCCACGCGCGGGCGCGGCGGCGCCGCCGCGCACGUGCUCGUGGUGAGCGCGAGCCGGUGCUUCCCGAUCCCGAACCUGUUCCGGUGCAGGGACGAGGUGGCGCCGCGCGACGGCGACGUGUGGCUGUACCGGCCGGACGCCGACGCGCUCCGCCGGGAUCUCGCCCUCCCCGUCGGCUCCUGCAGGCUCGCCAUGCCGUUCAGCGCGCUGGCGGCGCCGCACGUCGCGGCGGCGUCGGCGCCGCCGCCGCGGCGGGAGGCGUACGCGACGAUCCUCCACUCGGAGGAGCUGUACGCGUGCGGCGCGCUAGUGGCGGCGCAGAGCAUCCGGAUGGCCUCCGCCUCCGGGGCGCCGUCGGAGCCGGAGCGCGACAUGGUGGCGCUCGUGGACGAGACGAUCAGCGCGCGCCACCGCGGCGCGCUGGAGGCGGCCGGGUGGAAGGUGCGCGCGAUCCGGCGCGUCCGCAACCCGCGCGCGGCGGCGGACGCGUACAACGAGUGGAACUACAGCAAGUUCUGGCUGUGGUCGCUGACGGAGUACGACCGCGUCGUCUUCCUCGACGCCGACCUGCUGGUGCAGCGCCCCAUGUCGCCGCUCUUCGCCAUGCCCGAGGUGAGCGCGACGGCGAACCACGGCACGCUGUUCAACUCCGGCGUGAUGGUGGUGGAGCCGUGCGGCUGCACGCUCCGCCUGCUCAUGGACCACAUCGCCGACAUCGACUCCUACAACGGCGGCGACCAGGGGUACCUCAACGAGGUCUUCUCGUGGUGGCACCGCCUCCCGUCGCACGCCAACUUCAUGAAGCACUUCUGGGAGGGGGACUCCGGCGAGCGGCUCGCCGCCGCCAGGCGCGCCGUGCUCGCCGCGGAGCCCGCCGUGGCCCUCGCCGUCCACUUCGUCGGGAUGAAGCCGUGGUUCUGCUUCCGCGACUACGACUGCAACUGGAACUCGCCGCAGCUCAGGCAGUUCGCCAGCGACGAGGCGCACGCGCGGUGGUGGCGCGCGCACGACGCCAUGCCGGCGGCGCUCCAGGGGUUCUGCCUGCUCGACGAGCGCCAGAAGGCGCUGCUCCGGUGGGACGCCGCCGAGGCGAGGGCGGCCAACUUCUCCGACGGCCACUGGAGGGUCCCCAUCGCCGACCCUCGCCGGAACAUCUGCGCCACCGCCGCCGGCGACGGCGAGGCGGCGGCGGCGUGCGUCGAGAGGGAGAUCGAGAACAGGCGGGUGGAAGGGAAUAGGGUGACCACGUCGUACGCCAAGCUCAUCGACAACUUCUGACGUGGGUGCAUCCGGAGCCGUUGGAUUUUGAGAUCGGACGGUGAGAUCGAGGCCGUUAGGGAUGGGUGACGUGUUCACCAAUUUUUGGUCUCUCGUGCAUUGCAUUGCUAUGCAAUGCAAGCGUGCCACCGGGGAUGUUGCGUGGUAGCGUAUGGCCGAAAUUUCUUUAUUACAAUGAUGAGAAAAGUAGCUGUGAAUAAUUUAGGUAUUUGCUUUCGUAAAAUACUUAGAAUUUUUUUGAAGAGUCUAUGUUUUCCAACCGUAACAUUGCAAAUAUGUCAUGUUUGCUAUGUUAAUCCUUUAAAUAUGAUGAUACUAGUGCAUAACAACAAAAUUCAUUUUAAAAAUGGAUUGUCAUAAAUCAUUGACACAUGGAGCCUUAGGUUAGUUUCUUCGUUUCUCAUGCUCACUCGGUCACUUCCUUAGUUCCUUACAUGUCCAAGCAAAAAUUCACGCUUAGCUUGCCCUUUUGUAUAUACCACUCACAUCCUUACAUGGGCUCUUUUUUAUUGAUCAAAUAUACAUUGUAAUGUGUGUUUUUUUAGAAAAAAAAGAACACCUUACUUACAUGGGCCUUCUUUUGGUUCUAGAUAAAAGAAACACCUUCCUUUCCAGAGGAGUUAUGUGCACAUGAUUUCGUCGAAAUGCAAAUCUUACACUAUUACAAAAUAAUUUUCGUGGCUCUUGGUAUUAUUUUUCACUGACAGACCAAAAGGAAUAAUAUCUAUGAAAACGUUUGAGGC